AGAAACUUUUAUAAGGAUUAGGAAAAUUUUAUUGAGGUCACCCUGCUUUAUCAGCCUGCAUUUCCGGUGCCCGCGUUUGAAUUUUUUUUAUAUUACUUCAACACGAUCGUUUUGUGAAAUUUAUUGCCGCUGCUUUGUAUUUAGUGUUAAUCCCUUUUUAUACGUUUAAUCAUAUUAACCUAAAAAUGUGUGCAAAAGUAGCUAAAAGAGCACCAAAAAAGAAAGGAAAUUUAUAUAAAAUGCCCGAUCCUAUACCUGCUGGAACUAUAUUGUCAGAUAUAAAAGGAAAAAAAUGGAUUCUCGAUAAGUCAAUAGGUAUAGGUGGUUUUGGAGAAGUCUAUUCCGGCGCACCUUACGAAGAUAAUGUUCCAAAAAACUAUCCUAAUGUGAUAAAAAUAGAACCUCAUGGGAAUGGGCCAUUAUUUGUUGAAAUGCAUUUUUAUAUAAGACAGGCAAAGUUAGAAAACAUUGAAGCUUGGAAAAAAAAAAAGAAGUUGUCAGUAUUCGGUAUGCCUCAUUAUGUUGCCUCUGGAAGUCAUGAAUAUAAUAAAACAAAAUAUCGGUUCUUAGUGAUGGAUCGAUAUGGAACUGAUUUGUGGAAGUUAUUUCAAGAAAAUAACAAACAAUUUCCAGAACAUACAGUAUAUAAACUAGCUUUACAAAUAAUAAAUGUAUUAGAAUACAUUCAUAACAAUGCAUAUGUACAUGCUGACAUAAAAGGGUCAAAUUUAUUAUUGAGUUCAAAGUCUCCGGAUCAAGUUUAUUUAGUAGAUUUUGGUUUAGCAACGCGAUAUACAACAAAAACAGAAUAUAAGCCAGAUCCAAAAAGAGCACAUGAUGGAACUAUCGAGUAUACUAGUAGAGAUGCUCAUAUAGGGAUACCUACAAUGCGUGGUGAUUUUGAAAUCUUAGGAUAUAACAUGAUACACUGGUUGUGUGGCUCUCUUCCAUGGGAUAAGGAUCUAACUAAUCCAACUACUGUACAAAAACAAAAAGAAAAAGCCUUUGAAAAUCUUUCAAACUUUUUGGACCAAUGUUUUCAUGAUUUAACACCAAAACCAGUACUUGAAUAUAUGAAAUUGUUAAAAACUAUAGAAUUCAAUGGAAUACCAAAUUAUGAAAAAUUUAUAGAAAUUUUAACCGAUGGCUUGAAUAAAUUAGGUCACAAGCCAAAUGGAAAAUUAGAAUUUAAUAAUGCAUCUGGUUCUUCAGCUAAGAAAGCUAUCGUUUCUAAAUCUAUUGCACGAAAAGUAAAUAAAAUAGCAGGAAUAAAAAGGCUAAGUCCACGUUCGAAAGCAACGAGUCCUAUUAGAAAUAAUGCCCUUAAUGAUAGUAAUGUAGGUGUUCUAAUCGACAAGAAACGUGCCAGAUUAAAAGAUUUGAAAAAGGUACUGAACAAUAUUGAGUCUUGCGACGAACCUGAUGAAGAAUAUGAUAUUAAAAUUACUAAAAAAAAAAAACUAAAGCAAAGAACACCUAAAAAAGAAGAAACUACGAAAAUUACUAAAACAAAGACAAAGAUCAAUUAUCUUAAUGAUUCCGAGUCUGAUACAGCAACGGAAAUUAUGUCAAAGGGAACUAGAUCAAGGCCAGCAAAAUCUUCGAAUACAAAUCCUAAAUUCAAAACUGCACGUCAGUGUAAUGUAUCAGACGAUGAUAUAUUUAAAAGCGAUUAAAAGAUACUGUGAUCAUUAGUUGUUUUAAAAAGAUAUUGUACAUCAUGAAUAAUAUCCAUCUUUUCUAUAUUAAGUGUACAUAGUUUAUAUGCUCUUUGAAAUCGACAUAAUUUAUAAUACAGAUUUUGUAAAAAUCGUAUUAUUUAUAAACUUUAUAUACUUUCAUUAUUUUUAUACGUAAUGCGAAUAACGAAGGAAAAGAAUAAUUUUGAAGUGCGGCCUGCCGAAAAAGUAAUAUAAAGUAUAUCUACGAUAUAAUAUUACUAUUCCAAGAAUUAAUUAGUUUAGAGUCUUAAAAUUUCUUGAAAUUGAACAAAUUGAACUGUCUGGCGUUAUUUAAUAAUGAUAAAUAAAUAUCAAGCUUUAUUAUUGUUGUAAA